AUGGAGAUUUGUUCAAGUAGUUCCAAACUAGAAUUUCAUGAUUGUGUUUUAGUAUAUACUAUUGGUCACAAAAACGAUAUCAUUGAAGAUUGUGUUAGAGGCAAUGGGGUGCCAUACAUUAUUCCGGGGGCAGAUCCAACAGAUGGUGGUUCCUAUUGUUAUCUCUUUUCUGCAAAUGAACUAUUCUAUGGAAACAUAACAGGCGGCAUUUGGAGAACCGGAAUAUUUUAUACAAUAUCUAACAUUUCCGCUGCAGAAAAGGGAAUAAAUGAAAUACCAAGCAUCGAUCUACAGUUAUAUGAUCCAAAACGUGAUCUUCUCUGGGAUCCUAAUGCUAAAGUGCGCAAUAAACUUGAUGAAGAGGUUCUUAAAGAUAUGCAUCUGCAAGACAGUAGUAUUUCUGCACUUAUUAAUCAUUCAACUGUUAUAAGAUUUCAAAAAAAUACAUACAAGUCUAUUGCUCGAAAUGAUAUUAAGAGUUACAUUGGCAUCUCAGCAGAUUACGAAGAUACAAUAACAUUUCCUUGUAUUAUAACAUCCUUCCCACUUAAAGAAAAUCACCAAUUUCUCAACAAAAGUUUUUCUGGCUUUAUUUCUAUCGAUGUUGAGACCUAUAUGCAUGAGAUCAAUAUCGAAAGACGGUUACGUACGGUACUAAAUUCUUUGGGUGUUGCCGGUAUUUUCACAACAUUUUAUUAUUUUCUCUUUGGUGAUAAGAAAAUCAAACCUUGGGGCUUUAUGCAUCAAGUAUUCCGCUCAGAGCUAGAGCAACUCACUACCUACAAGCCUGUUUCGUCUUUAAACUUUGAGGCAUUAAACUCGAUGUUUUCAUCAGAUAAUAAGUUUGAAGAUUACGAUAAACGUUUUGCAUAUUUAGAAGGAUUGCUUUCAGAUUACAUUAUAAAUACGCAGCCGUUAGAAGUAGUACAAGAUAAAAUUUUGAUAAAUGAAGAUAUGACAUCUUAG